UUUUUAGGAGAUGUGUACAGAUGUUGUUUCUGCUAAACUUAGCAACCGUUUCAUCUCACUCGUUUUGGUUACGCUAUUACGACUUGACUUAAAAUACAAUUGCAUAUAAAUUUCCAAUAAACAAACCAUACAUAUUAAUUUAGAACAAAUAGUAAUACAUAAUAUUCUGGAACCAAAAGAUAAGGUUUUCAAUCGUCUUAUUAUUCUCCUCUUUUGAGGUUCAUGGUUUAUUCUUCAAUCAAUACCUCUGUUCGAAGCUUCGAUCAAUUUAUUUUUUCUAAUGGGUAGUACCACCAUGGAAUGGUCUGCAACAUCAGCUACAAGGGCUUAUCUUGAUACCCUUAAAUUGUGUAAUGAUCACAAGAGACGAGUCGAGUCAUGGAAGACACAAGAGCUUGGAAGUAACGAAUUUGUGUCGGCCUUGGCAGCCGGAAUGAGAGCCAAACUGAUAGUGGAAGUGACAUCAACGGCUUCACCAUCGACACUAGCCUUAGCAGCCGCAGCAAGACAAACAGGAGGAAGACUAGUGUGCAUUCUACCAGAGCCAGUUCUGGCCGAGUCUAAGAAAGUCAUCAAAGAAUCGGGUUUAAGGCACGUUGUAGAGUUCAAAACUGGUGACCCUUAUGAGCUCUUGUCAAGCUACGAAAACAUUGAUUUCUCACUUGUUGAUUGUAAGAACGAGGACUACACAAGGCUGCUGAAUCAGCUAGAUGUGAACCCUCGAAGAUCAGUGAUUGUGGCUAAUAACUUGGCAAGUGAAAGGAAAGGUUUGGAAGGCCGUGUCAGGGGAAUGUUGGAGGACAAAGUUGCUGUGAGAUCUGUUAAGCACCCUAUUGGAAAAGGCAUGGAAGUUACCAUGAUUGGGACCACUAAUAAUAUGGAUGAGAUUAGUAGGAAGAGAUCAGGAAGUUGUAGUGGCUGUGGUAAUAAUAAUUAUGCUUCUUCUUUUGGGAUUGGUAAAAGAGGUGGUUGUGUUAAGAAAAGUGGUAAAAAGAGCAAAUGGGUUGUUGAGUUUGAUGAGAAAAGUGGUGAAGAACAUAUCUUUAGAUUGCCUAAAUAAAGCCCUUUUUUGAUGAAUUAGACAAGUGUCAAAUGGUGAAUGAAAUUUUAUACUGGUCUUCACACUGCCAUGUAUAUAUAAAGGGAAUGGAAACUAUAGUGAGAAGGGGUGUCUGUUAAAUUGGAAUGUUCUUUUUGCUUGUUUGUUUCCCUUGUUGGAGAUCAUAUAUAGUAGGCAUAGGCCAUUAGGUGAUUGUCAUUAUUACUAGCUGUUUGUAAAUGAUCAAUUUGUUGCUUUUUGUUUAUUAUCGAAUUAUGCUAAAUUAUGUCAAAAAUGUCAGGUACCUGCCUUUAAUUAUGUGAAUGUAUUUAUUACGUUUGUCUAAGGCAAUGAACCAGAGACUUUAUCUAAAUAAAUGAAAUAAAAUCUUUUUUGUUUAAGCA